AUGGAUUCAAGUGGGCCACUUGGCAAUGGUCAUGAAAGAAAUACGUUUUUAUCCCGGGUUUUUGGAGCGAAUUCCGCUGACAAUGGAUCUAUGGGAUACACAGAAAUGACCCAGAUACCGCUACUAGAAGAAGAAGAAAGGUCAGUUGAGCAGGACAAUGACGUGAGAUUUCUAGAAUCGGAUGGUGCAUCAAGCUCAGAGGAAGAUGAAGUCAGCGAGGGUGAGAUAGAGCCUACUCAUGUUUUCGAUGGGAUGACGAGUGUGGCGUUUGAGGACGAAUCAGACGAUGCAGGAUUUAGUCGAAAGGGUUCAAUGGGCUCAAUACCAAAAGCAGGUCAAGGGGAAAGCACGGAGGAUGAAGAUGAUGCAAGAGGAGCGGUAGAUACGGAUCAAAAUCGCUCCAGGAUUGCAGAACGACGGCACGAUGUUUAUCAAAAGCGAAGGGCCGAAGUAGAUUCUGAAGGUGAUGACAACGACAUUGACCAAGAAGAAUCUCCUCUUUUUGCGCAAGAAGAUAGAAAAAGUAGAGGACAAAACGCAACACCAGCGUUUGCAGAUGCCUAUUCCAAUAUUCCCUUCGUGAAACAAGCAACACAAAGAAAUUGGCGCAAGUCGAGCCACGGUUCACGUCUAGAAAAAGACAGUUUUCUAUAUCGGAAAAAAUCCGUCUGGGAUGAAGAAAAUCAACGGACGGGACCUGCAUUGCGUCCUCCUCGAUUUCUACACAACAUCACAGCCGUAAGCAAAACUCCUGCUGCGAGAGUAAAUACCUUAAGUCCUCGUGAGAAGGCUCUGUGGAAAUGGGCCAAUGUCGAAAACCUGGAUAUUUUUCUACAGGAGGUAUACGCUUAUUACCUUGGCAACGGAUUUUAUUGCAUUUGCAUUUCGAAGAUUUUAAACCUUGCGACGCUGGUUUUCGUCACUUUUAUUUCCACUUACUUGGGUAGCUGUGUCGACUACUCUAAACUGCCUAGCAGUCAUAAAUUCUCACAAAUACGCAUAGAUCAGUGCUAUUCCACUCAAAUCACUGGAUUCACGAAAUUUUGCCUGUGGAUGUUCAAUAGCUUUAUUAUUUUGAAAUUCGUCCAGCUUUAUUACGACAUUCGAGCCCUUCAAGAUAUUCACAACUUUUAUGCCUACCUUCUGAACAUAUCCGACAAAGAUCUCCAGACAGUGCCAUGGCAAAGUGUAGUGGAGCAGAUCGUCCUACUCAAGGACCAAAAUGCGAUGACUGCGAAUGUCGUCGAGGUCAAAGCUAAAAGUCGCAUAAAUGCACACGACGUGGCAAAUAGAAUAAUGAGGAAAGACAACUACCUCAUUGCUCUUUUCAACUCAGACAUUUUGAAUCUGUCCCUCCCAAUUCCGUUGUACCACACGAGCACGCUGACAAAAACAUUAGAAUGGAACUUAAACCUCUGUGUCAUGGGGUUUGCUUUCAAUGAGCAAGGCUAUUUGAAGCACAAUUUUUUGAAGCACUCUCAAAGGGAUUACUUGAAAAACGAGUUGGCAAAAAGAUUCAUGAUUGCUGGAUUUCUGAACAUAAUUCUCUCACCAUUCCUCGUGGCUUAUUUUGUUCUUCUCUACUUUUUCCGCUAUUUUAACGAAUUUAAAACAACGCCCGGCGCCCUCAGCUCACGGCAGUACACUCCUAUAGCAGAAUGGAAAUUUAGAGAAUACAACGAGCUGUAUCACUUGUUUCAAAGAAGGAUGGGGUUAAGCGUUGAGAUAGCAAAUCGCUACAUCGAUCAAUUUCCAAAGGAAAAAACAAAUUUAAUCUUGAAAUUCGCGGCUUUCAUUUCGGGCUCUUUCGUCGCAAUUCUAGCUCUGCUGACAAUUCUUGAUCCCGAAAACUUCUUAAAUUUUGAGUUGACGCAAGAUAGGUCUGUGCUGUUCUAUAUCAGUAUAUUCGGCACUAUUUGGGCCGCAUGUCGAAGUUCGCUUUCGGAUCAAUACAAAGCAUUCGAUCCGGAGCAGACCCUCAAGGAACUUAUUGACUGUAUACAUUACGAGCCUAAAGAAUGGCGUGGCAGGUACCACUCCGAACAGGUCAAGCUGGAAUUUUGCAAGCUUUACAACUUGAAAGUUAUUCUUCUGUUAAGGGAGCUUGCGAGCUUGGUGCUGAGUCCUUUCAUUCUCUGGUUUGCUUUGCCAAGCUCGUCGGGCAAAAUCAUCGAUUUUAUCAGGGAAGUCUCGGUUUAUGUUGAUGGUCUCGGUUAUGUUUGCAAAUAUGCCACAUUCAAAGUAAAGACAAGAGAUCAUGGAAAUGCUGCACAUGCCGGGUCAAGUUCUCGAGUAGGACGAAGGAACUCACAGGAGAGUGACAGCGGAAGCUUAUCUAGCUCUUCAAGUGCUUCCAGCGACAAAGGUGUCGACAAAAUGAUGCAGUCUUACAUGUAUUUCAUUGACGACUAUCAAAAUAAAGAUAACGCUGUCGGAAAAUAUCAGCUUCCAAGAAAUAGGUCCAACAACUUGAAGGAAUUCAAUGAUCAUUGGCCGCAUACGAACUACUCAUGGAAAACUCAAUUUGAAUUGGGCGGCCGCAGUACCAAGAGCACUGAAAACUCUUCUAAGUCAAGGCAUGCAGACCCAUCGGGAUCCCAGAAGCGACAUGCAAGUACCACCAAAACGAGACGUAAUCUACGUUCAUCUUCGCCCCUGAAUGGAGAUAAUGGCCUCGGCGAGUCAUUUAUUAAUUCUAUACCUCUUCAAGAUUAUGGCCAUAAGACUAAGACUGAGGAGUUACGUCGCGGAAAUGGAGUGUUAGGUCUGAUCAACCAGUACUACAAAAAAUCAGAUGUAGGUCGCUGA